AUGGCGCCUUUUGUCACCUACAUUUCCGUCGCUCUUCGCAAGACCCUGUCACAAAUUAACUACACCCCGGCAUUCGCUGGUUGCAUUUCCCACUCCAAUCCAGAAAACCGCCCUUUGAACAAGCAAGUCACCAUGAACACCACUGUUAUCCACCUUCGAUCCGAGUCCAAGCCGCUGGAGCGGCGUUCUCCCAUUUCCCCGGCCUCCGCCAAGGCCCUGCUCGAAGCCGGCUAUGCUGUCCAUGUCGAGAAGAGCCCUGGACGAAUCUACAAGGACGAGGAGUUCGAGACAGUAGGUGCCAAGAUGGUGCCGGAGGGCUCGUGGCCUACUGUCCCAGAGGACCAUAUCAUUGCCGGCCUGAAGGAGCUUCCUGACGAUGGUAGCAGCUUACCCCAUUCGCACAUACAGUUCGGACACUGCUACAAGCAGCAAGACGGUUGGGCUGAGUACCUUGCCAGGUUCGCCCGCGGCGGUGGCAUACUCUACGACAUUGAGUUUCUGAAGGGCGAGGACGGAGUCCGAGUCGCUGCCUUUGGAUACUGGGCUGGAUAUGCGGGCGCUGCUGUCGCUCUCUUGGCUUGGUCUCACCAAGUGCAGCGGCCGGGUGUCCCUCUCGGCGCUGUGCCACUCUACAGCUCUGCUGCUGCCAUGGUAGACGACGUCAAGGCGAAGGUUUCAGACGCCCUGCGCACUGUAGGCGACUUUCCCCAGAUCAUCGUCAUCGGGUCGCUUGGUCGAUGCGGACGCGGCGCCAUUGAUCUCUGCCUGGCCGCUGGGAUUCCGCCCUCCACGCUUCUGAAGUGGGACAUGGCAGAGACGGCCAAAGGCGGCCCGUUCAAGGAGAUAACGGACUCGGACAUCUUCAUCAACUGUGUCUACCUGGGCUCGAAGGUCAUACCACCCUUCACUACUCUUGAGUCACUCUCGAAGCCAGGCCGACGUCUUCGCGUUCUCUGCGACGUGAGCCUGGACCCGAAUAACCCCAACAAUCCUGUGCCCGUCUACUCAAGCUACAGCAGCUUCAAGGAGCCUACACUCAAGGUCCCGGUCCAGGGCGACGGACCCGACCUGACAGUCGUCAGUAUUGACCACCUCCCGUCUCUAGUUGCUCGUGAGGCUAGUGAUGAGUUCUCGGGUCUGCUGCUGCCGAGCCUACUCACACUGAACCGCCGCAAAACCGAGGGGGUCUGGACGGGAGCAGAGAAGCUGUAUCACCAAAAGGUCCAGGAGAUUCCAAGCAGUGCACAAUUUAGUCUUAGAAAUGCCAUUAUUGAAUUCUGUAUCUCCUACGGCGGUAUAAAAGGGGGCGCGCGCCCGGUGUGGCCUCAGGUUAGGUCUAGCCCGGAGUGGGGCUCGAGCCCGACUCCUUCACAAGUAUUACUGCUAUAG